CAUCCACAUCACCACGCACGACCCCCGCGUGGAGAUCGUGCGGUACAUCUCGGCACCCGAGAAGACGCAGCGGGGCGAGAGCCUCGCUUGCCAGACGGAGCCGGAGGCCCCGCCGCAGCCGGGCAUCGUGGUGCCCCAGCUCACCGUGCCCACCACCAUCACGCCCUACUCCGCCAACAUGCAGAUGGGCAGCGCCGGGCCGCUGGACCCACAUGCCGUCCGCCAGCAGAGCCUGGGCAAGUUUGAGAAGAAGAAGCCGGACCCGCUGGAGAUCGGGUACCAGUCGCAUUUGCCCACUGAUUCCCUCUCGCAGCUGGUGACCCGGCAGCCCCCCAGGUCCCCGCAGGUCCUCUACUCACCCGUGUCCCCCCUGUCCCCGCACCGCCUCCUCGAGUCCUCCUUCGCCACCAGUGAGAGGCUCAACAAAGCUCACGUGCCACCGCAGAAGCACUUCACGGCUGACUCUGCCCAGCGCCAGCAGACCCUGCCGCGUCCCAUCAAAACCAUGCAGCGAUCCCUGUCCGACCCCAAGCCCAUCAGCCCCACGUCGGAGGAAUCCGGGAAGGACAGGUUCUCCCUGUACCAGCAUCCGCUGCUCCCGGGCAGCCAGAUGGCCUCCCUCCAGUCGAGCCCGCUGACGCGCAAGGUGAAGCGCACGCUGCCCAGCCCGCCGCCCGAGGAGGCGCACGUGCCGCUGGCCAGCCAGGCGCACCCCCAGAUUGCCCUGAAGGUGGUGGCGGGCUCCGCCGUGCAGGUCCCCAAGGCCAGCCUGCUCAAGGACAUCGACCGUGACCUGAAGCUGGUGGAGCAUGAGUCCACGAAGCUGCGCAAGAAGCAGGCCGAGCUCGACGAGGAGGAGAAGGAGAUCGACGCCAAGCUGAAGUACUUGGAGCUGGGAAUUACGCAGCGGAAGGAAUCGCUGCUGAAGGACAGGAGCGGGAGGGACUACCCCUACCUGAGGUGCCUGGGGGAGAACAGGGACUACAUGUCCGACAGCGAGCUCAACAACCUGCGCCUCUCGAGCUACGACAGCGGUGGGCUGCUUGCGCGGCCUGGCGCUGCCCCCCCCGGCCACUACGCGGACUUUGCUGGCGCGCCGUACACCUCGGCAUCCUCCUACGGCGCCUACCCCACCGCAACGGUGACCAGCAGCUAUGAGCAGUACAAGGCCCCCGAGGCGCGGCCGGCCGGCGUCACGGCGAGCCCAUCAGCCAGCUACUCGUCAGAGAACCUCUACACCAACCUGGAGCAGAACAUUCCCCGCAACUACGUGAUGAUCGAUGACAUCAGCGAGCUGACCAAAGAGAGCCCGGCAGGGGACGGCCACAAAGGGGACCCGCAGGGCCAGAGCGCUAACGGCCGCCACGGAGGAGUCUGA